GCAGAAACUACAUUUCCCGGGGAUAACAAGAACGAGUUUCCGGUGUUGCGAAUUUGCAAGCAGAAGUCACUCGAAAGAGAUUAGCUAGCGUGCUAGCAGCUGAAACACUUUCAGAUGUAGAAAUUUGAGCCGAGCGGGGGAAUUUAGCUAUACCUGACACAAAGAGACGGCAGAUAGUAGAGCUAAGAAGAACCCAGCUGUUGCCAUGGCAAUCCUUUUUGCCGUGGUGGCUCGUGGAACCACUAUCCUGGCGAAGCACGCCUGGUGCGGCGGGAAUUUCCUGGAAGUCACCGAACAGAUUUUGGCCAAAAUUCCCUCAGAGAACAACAAACUGACCUAUAGUCACGGCAGCUAUCUCUUUCAUUACAUCUGCCAUGAUAGAAUCAUCUACCUGUGUAUCACAGAUGAUUUUACCUCUUUCGCGUGCCAGGACUUUGAACGAUCACGUGCAUUCGGCUUCCUCGGUGAAGUCAAGAAGCGCUUCCAGACCACAUACGGGUCCCGAGCGCAAACUGCUCUACCUUACGCCAUGAACAGUGAAUUCUCCUCUACACUUGCAGCCCAGAUGAAGCACCACUCAGAUCCACGGGGGACAGAUCGAGUGACUGAGACUCAGAUGCAAGUUGAUGACCUAAAGGGUAUUAUGGUCCGUGACAUAGACCUGGUCGCUCAGAGGGGAGAAAAGCUGGAGUUGCUGAUUGACAAGACAGAAAGUCUGGUUGAUUCAUCGGUCACGUUUAAAACCACGAGUCGUAACCUCGCGCGAGCCAUGUGUAUGAAGAACCUCAAACUGACGGUUGUCGUCGUGCUGGUUGCUCUGGUGAUCCUCUACAUCAUCGUGUCUGCUUCCUGUGGAGGCCUCAGCUGGCCGUCAUGCGUCAAGAAAUAAGACGGGAGUGGGGAUGAAAGCGGGAGGCCCGAGGAAGAGGAGGAGAAAGACCUGUUUAACUUCAAAUGCCAAUGGUCGAACAGACAUGCAGCGCUCUUUUCCACCCUCUCCCCCCCUUUCUAACGUCGCCGGAAGACGCAUGCUUCGUCUCCUCCUCCUCCGUCUGUCGCCCUCACGCUACAAAUCUGCACAGUUAUUUGCCUUCAGGACCCAGGAGUCCCAACUUUUAUGCCCACAUUUCUAAACAGUGGCCUGAAUCCGAUGUGGGAGAAUAAAUCUUGUCCUGCCGUCCGUCUGGUACAUCCAUCCCGUCUCAUGCGCUCGGUGGGCCUGACGUGUCAGGUUGUGAUCUUUGUCUUGCACCUGUGUCUGUGUAAAUAAUCCACUCAGACUGAUGAACUACAAAAAAAAAAAGAAAAGAGCCAAGUGUAACUUGUUUGUUUUUGUUUGCUUUUUUUUUUUUAUGUCAGAAGAAACAUGCGGUACCCGCAGGCAUCAGUAGCAUCCAUCUUUUGCUGCAGAUGAGUCAGCUGAGAGUUUGAGCCUGAUUUAAACUACUAAAGUAAACAGUUUGGGCUAAACCAAUGCAGUAUACAUAUUUACAUUUGCUUAAUCACAUAAUGCAGCAGCACCUUCGGAAUUGUGUGUUGUAAAAUAGCAGAUAUUAUCAAAAGAAUGAAUAUUGAUUAAUACUACUGGUAGUUAAUAGCUAUUUUAAAGCAUUUGUGAACCUGGCUGUGAACCUGAUUGAAAGCUUCCUUUGUACCUUUCCCUACCAAUGGGAUGUUCAGUGUGUCCAUCAUCAUCCUUAUUAUUUUUUUUAACACAGUGCACUUUUGAUAAUGUACAUAGCUCUUUGUCUUCUGGCAUCAUAUGGCUUUUGAUCAUGGUGUUAUUUAAUUACUGUACCUCCAGAUUUAAAAGAAUAAAAUAAUCUGAUGGCUUCGAGUGGAGGACCUCCGGAUAAAGCAUGUUGAAAAGCAA